UUGCCCACCUAUAAGUUGUCUCAAGAUCAUCUGGAGUUGUUAUUCAGUAAUAUAAGAGCUCAUGGUGGAUGUAACAACAACCCGAAAGCGCGACAUUUCAUGGCUAUUUAUAAAAAACUAUUAGUCAAACUAGAAUUGAAUAAUUUUGAAAGUGGUAAUUGCAUGGCACUUGAAAAUAUUUCAAUUUUGACUUGUUCUUCAUCAGUGGAAAAAAUGAAUAAAUCUACUUUAUCACCAAUGAUUGAAGAAGAAAUGGAAAAUGAAGAAUACAUUAAAGAAUUUGAUGAAGUUUUGAAAACGGAAAAUAUCAUGACAGAAUUUAGUUCGGAAAUAGUAAGCUACAUAGCAGGAAAUGUGGUACAUUUUUUACUAAACAAAAUUAAAUGCGAAACUUGCAUUUCGGCUCUUUUGAAUUCCAGUGCUAUUAAAGACAAUUUUAAAUUGAUACGGUUGAAAGACAACGGUGGUCUUAUUUUUCCUAGCGCUGACGUAAUAUUGAUUUGUAAAAAAAUUGAAUCAAUUCUUAAAACAUUUACUGUAGAUGCUCAACUAGUCAAAAAAUUUGAAAAGUUUAAAAAGCAGAUAACAUCCAGAGCCUUACGUCAUUUUAUUGGCAUUGAAGUAUUCAGAGAAAUCGAUUUUCAUCAAUUUGAUCAGGGACCAAUGGAAAACCAUGUAAUAUUGUUAACAAAAUGUAUUAUAGAAAGGUAUACAGAUAUUCGGCUUCACCAUUUGAUGAAAACCUCAGCACAAAAAGUAUCAAAAAGACAACUUUUAAAUAAAUAUUUGCAUUUUACAGGACAAUAA